ACUCUGGGUCGUGAGGCGCAGUCGGGUCGGGCCGCCGCGCCGGGCGAGUGCGUUGCAGUCCGUCAAUGUCCGUGAAGAGUUCUGUGCGUGUCCGUGAAGGGUUCUGUGCGUGUCCGUGCGUGCGCUUGGAGUCGCCACGCAUUCGGUUCGGAGUGCACGAAACAAACUUUAUGGCGCCUGCCUUCCCAUCGGACCACCAAAAGCUGUUUCCAAGUCACGUGGCGCAACUUUGCAUUUUACUGAAGUAUCUUGACUUCUGGGCUGUAGCCGCGUCCGAGGCGAACUGUAUCACCGACGUUUCGGUCGGCAUCGCAGUCGCCAUCAUCAAGCUGCGGGAGAUGUCCGACGCGGAGGCGGGCGGCGAGGAGGAAGGCGACCAGAAGAAGUUCUUCGCGGAGCGCGCCAAGACGGGGCGAGCCGCCUGCAAGAAGUGCAAGCAGAAGCUCGAGACGGGCAAGCUGCGGCUGGCCAAGGCCGGCUACAACCCCUUCGGGCCGGGCCUCCUGAAGCUGUGGCACCACGUGGCCUGCCUCUUCGAGGUGUUCUCGCGCCAGCGCAAGACCACGGCGCGGAUCGAGUCGCCGGAGGACAUCGAGGGCUGGAGCGACCUCGAGGACGAGGACAAGGACGAGAUACUGCACUUCUUACCCGGGUGCUCCCGAGACACGCAGUCUCCCAAGAAGAGGAAAGAGGAGGCGUCUGGCGAUCCCAAGGCCGGGUCCAAGGCGGGGAAACAGGCCUCUGGGGAAGGGUCCCAGAAGGCGGGAGCGCCGCUGAAGAACGGCAAAGGCGGCGGCGGGGGCCGCGACCACAAGGACAACUCUUUCCGCGAGUUCCGCAAGCUGUGCAUGGACGUGGAGAAUGUGAGCAGCUACACGGCCAAGACGGCCGUCGUCGAGAAGAUGUUCACCAAGGGCACGGACGGCGAGAGCUUCAAGGGCGACCUGCUGCUGUGGUGCCGCCUGCUGCUGCCCGGACACGUGAAGCGAGUAUACAACCUGCAGAGCAAGCAGCUCGUCAAGCUGUUCAGCAGGUUGUUUCGAGCCGACCAGGACGAGAUGCUGGAGGACUUGGAGAAAGGCGACGUGGCCGAGACUGUCAGCACUUUUUUCGAGAAAAGCAAACACUGCCAGCCGGUGAAGAAGAGUGCACUUACUCUCUACGAGGUAGAUGAGUUUCUGGAAGAACUUGCCAAACUUACCAAAGAGGAUGAUCAGAUUGAGCACUUCCAAAGAAUUCUUCCCAGAUGUACCUCUAACGACCUGAAGAUGAUCAUCAGGCUGGUGAAGCAUGAUUUACGCAUAAAUGCUGGACCUAAACACAUACUGGAAGCUGUACAUCCAGAUGCUUAUCAGGCGUUCCAGACGUCUCGUGACCUUGGGGCCGUGCUGUCCAAAGCCACGACAAAGACUGAGGCAGGAGUCAGCUCGCCAUCCAAGAAGAAAAACAUCACAAUCACAGCUAAACUCAUGACUCCAGUGUUACCUAUGUUGGCGGAGGCCUGCAAGUCGGUGGAGUACGCCAUGAAGAAGUGUCCGAACGGCAUGUACGCGGAGGUGAAGUACGACGGCGAGCGCGUACAGCUGCACAAGCAGGGCGCGGAGUACAAGUACUUCUCGCGCAGCCUCAAGCCCGUGGUCCCCCACAAGGUAAACCAUUUCAAAGACUUCAUCCCAAAAGCAUUCCCUCAUGCAAAGGACCUCAUCCUAGACUGUGAAGUCCUUAUGAUUGACACACACACCGGCAAACCUCUCCCUUUCGGGACUCUAGGAGUUCAUAAGAAAACUGCUUUCAAAGAUGCUAAUGUGUGCUUGUUUGUCUUUGACUGUAUAUAUUACAAUGGAGAAGUUUUAUUAGACAAGCCUAUAAAAGAGAGAAGGAAGAUACUUCUGGACAAUAUGAUUGAGAUACCCAACCAUGUCCUUUUUUCUGAAGUAGAAGAAGUACACGAACCAAAGGAUCUGGAGUCUUUGAUAACAAAGGUUUUGAAACAAGGACUGGAAGGUUUAGUCCUGAAAGAUUUAAUGAGCACGUAUGAACCUGGCAAGAGACACUGGCUGAAGGUGAAGAAGGACUAUCUGUUCGGGGGAGCGAUGGCGGACUCUGCCGACCUGGUGGUGCUCGGAGCGUGGUUCGGAACUGGUCACAAAGGUGGGAUGAAGUCUGUGUUUCUGAUGGGCUGCUUCAAUCCAGCCUGCCAGAAGUGGUGUACAGUCACAAAAGUUCACACGGGCCAUGAUGACAAAACCCUGGAAAGAUUGCAGGAUGAAUUGGAUAUGGUCAAGAUCAGCAAAGACGCAAGUAAAGUACCUGACUGGCUUCUUUGUACCAAGACAAUGAUCCCAGACUUUGUGGCAAGGGACCCAGAGGCGAUGCCAGUGUGGGAGAUCACGGGAGCGGAGUUCACGAAGCACGACGUACACACGGCGCACGGCAUCUCCAUUCGCUUCCCUCGCGUCACGAAGAUACGGGCGGACAAGGACUGGAAGACCGCUACAUCUCUGCCUGAGCUGGAGGCUCUGUUCAAAAAGUCUAAAGACACUGCUGAUUUUGCCAUCCCACCUGGAUUUAGUAACAAAUGUGAUGACAAUGUAGGCAGCAAUGAGACAUCGCCUAGCAAAGCUGGUACGACAAGUAAAAAUGUAUCAGAAAAAAGCGAGACAACGGUUUCCAAUAAAACUUCAUAUUCCACUCAUAAGAAAAAAGAAAAACCACAAAACAAGACUGAUGGUAACAGAAGCAAUUAUGGUGAUGAUGAUAAUGAUGAAAGUGAUAAUGAAAAGAAGCCUAUUGUGAGGAAAAGGAAGUUAGAUUAUUCUUCAGCUGAUGAAGAUGAGGAACCUAAACUGAAAAUUAAGAAGCCCCUGCCUGACGUAUUCCUCGGAGUGAAGAUACCACGGCUUCAAGGCGAGAUAGAACUUCAGGACGAGUUGUCUCGAUAUUUCAUUGCCUACGGCGGGUCGUUCUUGCGCGCCGACGAGGCCGACUCGUGCACGCACGUGGUGCACACCGACACGUCUGCCAGCCAGGUGUCCCCGCACGGUCACUGGCCGCCCUCCGCACGCCACGUGACCGCUGAUUGGCUGCGCGACUCCGUCAGGCUCGGGGAGCUGCAGGACGCCUCCAGAUACGCCGUGCGCGCGCCGGCGCCGGUCGGACACAGGUCUGGACAAGUGACAUGAGCUGCAAGGCAAAAGCACAUUCACAAACAAGUGCACGUGCGUAUAUAACUGAUCUGUACGAUUUUCGAAUCAAAUAAAGUUUUUUUUUUUUUUUUU